AAGCCUUUACUUGUCAUUUGCAGAUAGUUAUUCCACUCUUUAUCUCUCCUCCAUUUCUCUCUCUUCUGCAACUUCAAACCCUAAAACAUAUUUAAAAACACAAACCCAUAUACCCAAAGCACCAGCAGAUUCUUUGCAUUUUGUCUGUGGGAUAAAAUGGGAGGCUACGCAGGCCAAGUUCACCUACCAAGCUGCGGCUAUGGGCCAUGACCUGGUUUGCCUGCAUUGCUUGUAUUACUUAUGGGGAAGUUCGAGGAACAGCAGUCGUUGCCGUAUACCGAGGGGAUUGAUGUUUCUGUGGAGCAGAAUGCGGAGGCGAGAUUUGGGUAUUGUCGGUAUUGUGGGGUCCAUAAGCUCAUUGGACUGAGAUGCUUGUUAGUGUUGCUGGUAUCUAUGGCGGUGUUUCUCUCUGCUUUGUUUUGGUUGCCACCGUUUUUACAUUCUACAGAUCAGCGGGAUCUGGAUCUUGAUGUGAAGUACAGAGAUCAUGAUAUAGUAGCAAGUUUCAACGUUGGGAAGUCGGUUCAGCUUCUUGAAGACAAUUUCUUGCAGCUUCAGGAUGACAUUUUUGAUGAGAUAGGUGUUCCUACUACCAAAGUUGUUGUGUUAUCCUUAGAACCUUCAGCUGGAUCAAGCAUAACAAAGGUCGUGUUUGGGGUUGAUUCUGAAAUUAAAGAUUUGAGAAUAUCAUCCACUGCUGAAAGUUUGAUCAGGGCAUCUUUUCUAGCUUUGGUUGUGAACCAAUCAUCUCUGCACUUGACAACGUCCCUGUUUGGGAAGCCAUUCUUGUUUGAGGUGUUAAAAUUUCCUGGAGGAAUUACUGUGAUCCCUCCACAGAAAGCAUUUCUUUUGCAGAAAGUGCAAAUCCUAUUCAACUUCACCUUGAACUUUUCUAUAUAUCAAAUACAAGUGAAUUUCGAUGAGCUGACAAGUCAGCUGAAGUCUGGACUGCACCUAGCACCCUACGAGAAUUUGUAUGUGAGCUUAUCAAAUUCUAGAGGUUCAACAGUGGCUCCUCCCACUACAGUUCAGUCAUCUGUUUUACUAGCAGUUGGAAAUACUCCCUCAAUGCCAAGGUUAAAGCAGCUUGCACGGACCAUCACAAAUUCUCAUUCAAGAAACCUUGGCCUUAAUAACACAGUAUUCGGCAGGGUAAAACAAGUUCGACUUUCAUCUAUCCUGCAACACUCUCUUCAUGGUGGAGAUGGUAGUGGUACUGGUACAUCAGUGUCACCUUCGCCUGCACCUCUUCCUUAUCCCCAACCCCAAUCCCAUCCUCACCAUCACAACCAUCACCACCACCACCACCACCAUCACCCCCAUGAUGUCCAACUGGCUCCAGCAAUUGCACCUGCUCCUGCAACUGAGAAAACCACACCUCCUCGGAAAGUUGCACCUGCUCCAGAGAAAAUAUCACCUGCUCCACUGAUAAGUAAUGAGGCAAAGCCUCCUGGUUGCCGAAAUGGGAUCCAAAAGAGGGUUCCCGGGAAAACCAAAAAGCAGUCUCAUUUAACCCCUGCCGCUGCACCAUAUAUUUCUCCUCACUACUCCUCUCCAGCACCAGAACCGCGUGUCAAUUCUCUCCCACCUGCACCUGUUUCCAGUUCAAUUCCUCCAUCCAGUCCUUUGCCAAAUGUUGUUUAUGCUCAUGUUCAGCCACCGUCAAGUCGUAAUCCUUAUGAAGGCUAUCCUGGCAGAAGGCCAUCACUUCCGCCCUCACCAUUGCCAUCUUCAUCUUCUGCAGAUUUUCAUACCAUCCGAUGGGCAUUUUCACUCUUCCUAGCUCUUGUAUUACAUCUGUAACAACAAAGGAGAAACAAUCCAUUUGAGGUAAAAAUGACUUCUCUGGUUUUGAGCCGACUCAAUUGCCCGAAUAAUUCAAAUGGAAUCAUGCAAAACCAGAGAAGUUUUGUAAGUGGGAGCAAUGCAAAUGGCUUGCCUCACAUGUGAGUGGCUAUACGUUGUUUUCUGCGUGUAAAAUGUAAAUAUCAAUCAAGAAAAAAAAAAAAAGUUAAGCUAGCAGAUGCAUUUUCUGGUCAAAGCCACAUAGGUGGCAGGCCCCUCUCAAUGUGCAUUUGCUGCUGUUUUGUGUAUUUCUCUUCUUCAGAAAUUGUAAGGAGGAAAGAAUAACAGAGAAAUGUAUUAGCAUAUCCAA